AUGGAGCCCGCCAUCCAAGCUAUCCUGAUGGCACACCCCGAGCCCUCUCCCAGGCCCGUUGACAUCGUUGCCUGCGGUAGUACCAUCGGGAACUUGCUCCGCUUCAUCCGAGGUGACGAGAGACCCUUCCGGAUGCUCCUCGAGGUGGUUGGCGAUGCUGUCCACCUAAUCCGUAGGGAAAAUUCCCCGAAAGAGACAAUGUCUGAUGUCAGGGGCUACGGACACAAGUUUCCAGAGGCUUACACGACUUGGGAUUCUGAAGUCCGUGGUUCAACAUCUCAUCAGCGGAUCAUUCAAUACGACUUUGGGGGGCUUCGUUGCCUUGUUCGUCACGAGGGUGAUGGCUACCUCCAACAUAAACAAGGCUCCUCUACGAACGAUACCCGCACCACCUUUGUUGAAAAUGUUUCAGUCGAUAGCCUGAUCGAAAACCUCAAAGUCAAGGAGACGGCACCAGGGAGUCCGCAAGACCAAUCUCAGCAAGUACAACUGAAGAGUGGCGGGUUUGAGGUGCCCCAAUGUGCAGUUUUUGAUCUCAAGACUCGGUCAGUUAAGCGCAAAGGCAGUGAUUUCCUUGGCGAGGAACUUCCGCGUUUAUGGGCUGCCCAGAUUCCUAACUUCAUCCUGGCCUACCAUGAUAGGGGCACGUUCAAGGAUAUUGAGGUCAUGGAUGUGGUUCAGGAGGUCAAAGCCUGGGAGACAUCGAAGAACCCGGAGCUCUCUCGACUAGCGGCGCUCCUGUCUCACAUUGUCCGCCUUGCUCGUGCACAGAGGAAUGACAGGCUUGAGCUCAGCCGCCAACAUCUCGACAGGCUCGAGAUUCGGAACCAGUGCCCUGGACUAUCUUCCGCAUUCUCUAGUGAAGUCAAUGAUGAGUGGGCAAUGUGGCUAGCUGGAGAUGAUACACAGGAUGGCCCGAGUACGGAUGGUGAGGAUGGACUUCAGUGGAGCGAUGGCGAAGGUGACUACACAGCCUGUUCCGAGAGCUGUUCAUACUGUGGAAAGUGUACGUAUUGA